AUGAGUUGCCAAGCCUUUUCAAAAAAUAUUGGUCCAGCUCUGAUUGCUUGGUUUCUCCUUAUAUUUCUUACUGUUUUGUAUUUAGUGUUUAUUUGUUGGGAUUUUAGCAAAGAAACUAGUUAUGCAUUUAUUGUGUGUCAUUCUUUGCUGUUUUUCUUUGUGGUAUCUGCAUUUGGCAAGGCAACCUUCAUGGACCCUGGAUAUUAUGCUAUGGGGGUUCCCGGUGAAAAGAUGACUACUGUUGAAAAAGGUUCCCCUCGUACUGUAAUGUAUAAAUCUGUUGACAUAAAUGGAGUUUCCACCCGUUUGAAAUGGUGUGUCACAUGUGAAUUUUACAGACCUCCUCGCUGUUCUCAUUGCUCUAUUUGCAAACAUUGCAUUGAUACGUUUGAUCAUCAUUGUCCUUGGCUGAACAAUUGUAUUGGGAAACGAAACUAUCGGUAUUUUUUCUCGUUUCUACUCACAUUAACUCUUCAUAUGAUUAUUGUUUUUGGCGUGUCCAUGACGUAUGUUCUGAUGCGUACGAAUGAACUCUCUCACUACAAAGUCAUUAUUGCCAUUGGUGUGUUAAUUUUGGUAGGCUUAUUGCUGCUUCCUGUGCUAGGUCUGACGGGAUUUCACAUUUUUUUAGUCAGCAAAGGACGAACUACAAAUGAACAGGUCACUUCAAAAUAUGAUCUUGAUAUGAACCCUUAUGAUCGCGGCCUGUGCAAGAACUGGCUACACAUUUUUUGUACCUCUCAACCACCUAUAUUGAAUCGACCAAAUGUAGCAGAAGUUGAUAUGUGGGAAAUAUCCUAUAAUGGUAAACCUAUCAAACACCAUCAAACAUCAAAUUUGCGUUCUGGUUCUAAUAACUACAAGCUUUCUGAUACUUUUAAAUCAUCUAAAAACCCGGUUGAUAUUGUUAAACAGGGAGAGUUGUUUGUGAAAAGUGUUCAUCAUGAAUUAAACAAAUCUCUUUCACCCAACCCACAAUCAAAAGUUUUAUCCCUUAAAGAGUUUUCAAAUGCGACCCACACUAAUGAAAACCUUAUGUCUAGAUCGCAAUCUCCUGUUUGUGGAAGGACUGGCGAAUUAAAUAAAACAAAUCCAAAUCUUGCUUUAGUAGGAACAAAGUCAAAGUCUUUAGGUAACAAAGAUCAAGGUAAAAGUCUACUGAUUGGGACAAAUACACCAAAAUAUGUAUCAAAUGAAAAUAGUGCUACCUUUAAUUCUAAUAUCAAUUCUGUUGUAACAUCUACUAAUGUCCCCACGAAAAUCAUAUCCGAUAGAGAUCGUUUCGGCAUAAAAGGUGACCACUUAACUCCACUUCUAGGAUCUCAAGCGAAUUCGGACGUUGACUUGAUUCGGGGACGUCAAUUGCAAAAACUUACCAUAGAAAACCAAAGUAAGUCGAGUAAUUCGCUUCAUCUCAGACAACAGGAUCAGAGUGCCGCUACCGAAAUUGGAAGAAGUUCUUCACGUUCUUCUCGUUCCAAUGAAAAUAUGUGUCCUUGUACAUCAUCUAAUUCGAUGAUGAAUAUCCGCGAUCGAGUCACCCUACCGAUAAGUUCACAUGGUGCGCCAUUUUCUCAACCGCGUGUUGCUACUGCCGAACAAUUCAGCACUCAGGAUUUAAAUGGUACACAGUGUACAUCUAAAUCUUGCUCUCCUUCAACAGGUCGUGGUAUACAUUAUGUCACGUCAGCCACACUUGAUUGUUACACCCCUGAAUCUGUAAAUCUACCAACUAGCAAUAUAUCAAGGGGUUUUGUGAAAUCAAUGAGAUCUGAACAACGCCGUCAUGAAUUUCCGCACCAGUUUUAUCCUCGGUCUCCUGGAAUGCAAGUAGAUCAAAGACACUUACUACCCCAUAAUGAAGUUGCCAAUCAUUUAUCUCCACGGUCACUUCACAGUCUUCCUCCACCUCUACCUCCUCAUGGCUCCCAGACAAAUAUUUCUCAUGCUCGUCCAUUUUGGCCUCCAGCUGUACCUCCUCACGGUAUUUCUAAAUCAGUACCAUAUUUCUUGCCGGUUGAUACAGCUAGUCAAUUUAGUAAUACCACAGCAUCCUCUAAUCUUCGUUUGGUCAAACCACCUUAUUUCAGUAAUCCUCAUGGGGUUCAAGUGGAUGGAUCUAGUUACUUCAUAGGUAGUCCACGUACAAAUGAGCAGUCAGCUUCAAAAUUUGUAUCUCAGUCAUUUGGUUCGACUCAUUGUCCUUCAAUUAUGACACAAGCUGGUUCACGUCCUACGCCACCAUUACCUCCGCAUAAUCGAAUUUCUAAACUGAAUGCACCAAACAAUCGAAUGCAAUCAACUGGACAUAGGAAUUCUAAUCAUUUAGUCACACGAUGGCAAAAGGAUGGUGAUUCUAAUUCUCCUGAUGGGACUUUUGAAAUUUCAGUUUAGAAAAUGUGUGUUGAUAAUUCCUUUUACCUAAAAGUGAUGCUAAAAUUUUUAACCAAGUUCUUUCAUUUUUUGUUUUCUUCGUUGUUUUUCGUUAGUCUUUCAAAAUAUCUUUGACCACUGUAAAAUUCCUUGUCACUCAACGAAAGAAUUUAUCUUGUUGCUUUUAUAAAUCUCUACAACUUGUUGUAUAAAUAACGUUUCUAAGCUAUAUUCUGUGACUAUUAUGUACUCUACUUGUAACGAUAUGUUCAUAAAGUUUAAUAUUCAUGAAUUUGAAAAAGAAAGAUUCGUAGGCAAAUAAUGGAAUAUUCUAAACGUUAUUAUGAAAUGAACAACUAUACAUAUACUUAUGUGCAAUAAAAAAACAACCACUCUUAAUUGUUAUCUAUUUCUUCUUCAGGAUUUUACGCAUAGUUUACGUUUUAUUCACUGGAUUCUUUCUUCUAGAAAAUGCAUUAUUAUAAACUAUACAACGAAUUCUCAUUAAUAUCUAGGCUCUCAAUCAAAUCAAAGAAAAAAUAUACAAAUUUCAUACCGUUUUAUAAAUUUGUUCAGUAUUCGACAAUGUAAACAAAGUAAUUAAAAAAACUCAUGCUUGUAUAUUACAUAAUUUUUACCGUUUUUUUAAAAAAUUGCAAUUAUAUAUGGAUCUAUUUGUUCAUAAAUAUGUGAAUCCAAUUUCACUGAAUAAUAACGGUACAUAAAAUUGUUGCUGCUAAUGUUGAUGAGUGACCUACAACUGCCUUUAAUUUCUACAUUUGUUUGAAAGAAAAUUCCCUCUAAAUUAAAUAUUAUCAACUGUGUUGUGUUUGUAUAUCUUGUGGCCUUUUUGUUCUUAAUCAUACAAUAAAAAUAUACGUUUAUACUAUGUUGGAUUGAUUAUGCCUAAUUAUUGAACAAGUGCUGUGUACACCUUCAUGUAGUUCGUUGUUACGUCGAUUUUAUGUACAAUUUUCUGCUCUGUACAGAAAAUAAAAGUGAAUUAAUAC